AUGAAGGGUUAAAGACUUCCUUCUCUAUUUUUCUUUUCACCUAAUAAUCAAUAUUUUAUCGCAAAGGGUGAACAAGAAUUCAUUCAUAACUGGAAAUUUAAUACAAAAUAUAUUACUGAAUUUCACAAAAUAUAUUGGUGUUAACCUAUCUGGUAAUAAUAAUUUAGCUUAGAUUAGAAUCUACUUAUUUGGUAGAUUGAUAAAUCUAAAAUAUUUAUUCUGAAUUUGGAAAAAAUUAGUAAAUAGAAAUAAUUACCAUUUUAAUCAGAUUCAAAGAUUCAAUCAAGAACGAUUUACUUUCAACAAACUUCCUUAUAAGAAGCAAUCCAUUAGAAUCAUAUUCUCUUAAUAUCUGGUCAAUUGAAAAAAAUAAAAAAUAGCUAAUUUAUAUUCUGA